CGGAAAUUGAAAGAAAAAAGAGAAGAGAAAAAGAAAAGUUUGAAGAAAAGAAAAAAGAGAGAGAAGGAACCGGUUUCUUUGACUAGACCGAAACGUGAGCCAUGAAAGAGCAUUCAUCUUCCCUUCUCUUCUCUACCAUCCGAAUUUCCAACCACUUCCUUUUCUUCCUUUCCUUUCAACACUCAUUCUUCCUUCACCAAUUUCUCUCUUCUCUCCUAUUUCACCAUCUCUCUUUCUCUUUCUCCUUCUUCGUUUCCAUAGCUGCAUUCUCAGCUCCUUCACUCUCUAUUCAUGCAUUUCCCGUACAAAUAUGUUUUAUUAGCAUACAAAGGAAGCCAACACUGAUACUGUAAGGUUUCAGCCAAAUGCCUAUGAAAUUUUAGGAGAUGAGCAUGCAUAGCCCUGAAGGUGAACUUAAAAUAAGUUUUGGCUAUCAAUGCAAUAGUGAUAGAGGUAUACCUUACAAAGAAAUCAAUAGAACAAGCAGUUUCUCUUGCUUAUCCGGUGCUGCCUUAAGUGCAAAUGCUACACUUCCCAACACAAAUAUCUGCAAUGGCGUAAUAGGAGAAGAAAUCCUUCCGAGUUUGGACUCUCCUAAAUCGUUUCGAACAAUACCCUCUUCAUCAAGUUUUCCAAAAUUGGAAAUAUUAUCAUCUUCUGUCCAUAGUAGUUUUUCAAAUCUAAGUUGCAGCCCUUCCACUCCAACUAACAUGCUUGAAUAUGACUCAUGUUCAUUAAAAUCUAUGAGUGCUUCUUCUAGAACUGAAGGUUUUCUUAAUGCCAUGGAUGUUCAAGUUGCUGGAGGAGCGGCUGGUGAAGAUAGAGUUCAAGCAGUUUGUUCUGAAGAAAAUGGGUGGCUCUUCUGUGCUAUUUAUGAUGGCUUUAAUGGGAGAGAUGCAGCCGACUUUUUGGCGGGUACCCUUUAUGAUACCAUUGUAUCUUAUUUUAAUAUGUUACGUUGUGAUUUGGAACCACAUUUCAUAAAAGCUUCUGACAAUGUGGCUGUGGGUGAAUCCUUUUCAUAUAAUUUGGAUGAUAGUCUUAUUCUUCUGGAGCACCAAUCUCCUUCAAAAUUUAAGGGAAACAAUUCUGGUCUUGACUGUUUGGCAAACAUUAUUCCACCUUCCAAGUCAGAAGCAUCUCCUAAAUCAUUUUCACAUAGUAAAGUACUUGAUGGUCUCCAGCAUGUUCUUAGUCAGGUUGAGAAUGAUUUCUUAUGCAUGGUUGAACAGGAAAUGGAGGAACGUCCAGAUUUAGUUUCUAUUGGAUCUUGUGUUUUGCUUGUGCUUCUUCAUGGCAAUGAUUUAUAUACACUUAAUCUUGGUGACAGCAGAGCAGUAUUGGCGACAUGCUGUACAGAUAACAGAAUGAAUGGGAAUGAGAGAUUGAAGGCUAUCCAGCUCACAGAUUGUCAUACAGUUGACAAUGAAGCCGAAAGAGCUCGAGUUCUUGCUGAUCAUCCUGAUGAUCCUAAAACCAUAGUAGCAGGGAAAGUGAAGGGAAAACUGAAGGUUACUCGAGCUUUAGGAGCAGGGUACUUGAAAAAGAAAAUUCUGAAUGACGCAUUAAUGGGAAUCCUUCGAGUUCAUGAUCUCACUAGCCCACCAUAUAUUUCAACUGAUCCAUCGUUGAAUGUGCACAAAAUCUCAGAUUCUGACCAAUUUGUUAUAGUUGCGAGUGAUGGUUUAUUUGACUUCUUCAGUAAUGAUGAAGCAGUACAGUUUGUAGAGUCUUAUAUAUUGAGAAAUCCUUUUGGUGAUGCAGCAAAAUUUCUUAUUGAGCAAUUAGUUGCAAGAGCAGCUGAUUCUGCAGGCUUCAGCACGGAGGAGUUGAUGAAUGUUCCCGACGGGAGGAGGAGGAAGUACCAUGAUGAUGUGACGGUAAUGGUGAUCAUCCUUGGCAUGAAUCAACGGACUUCAAAAGCAUCAAUUUGCACCUAGAGACUGACCAAAGAAAAAUACAUUUGAAGCUCUUAGAUGACCAUAUUGGUUAAAGUGGUAUUUCUUAGGAAGUUUUGAUGUUCAAAGUGUACAUUAGACCUUUAGAACUUAGAAUCAUUUGCUUGGUAUCCAAAAUCUUUCUGUAGUUUUUCCUAUUCGUCUGGAACAUGAAUUUUUGAAAUGGUUUCCUUGUAUAUAAUAUCAAUGAAAAUUAGCUUUUGUUUCGAAAAAAAUGUAGAUAACUGCUUUAUAUUUUGACAA